CGUCUUUGUUGGAGGAGUGUUAUCUGGUGCUCGUGAUUGUAUUUGUUUACUAAUACAAGACGUAUAUCCAUUAGGAUUAUCAUAAAAAUAUCAGCUCCAACGGAUUGCUACUCAACACCGGUGCCACGUACUACGUAUUUCUUUCGUUCAUAGUUAGUUGUAACUGAAUUCAUACAAACAUGUUUACUAUGAGAAAGCUGCUACGUUUGGCUGUGAAUCAAUCAACGGAAGAAUGGUCAAGCUUUUGCAGUGGUAAGCUGAAACCAUUGUUCUUAACUCAGUUCUGUAACUUAAGAUGGCAGACCACUGCAUCAACCGUCACAUCGAGUCGCCCUAAAGACCAAUCUAGUCGCGAUGAAGCAAAUUACAAGGCCCGUGUAGACCUGGCUACAACAUACAGAGCGUUAGAAUUUUUUGAUAUGGGCGAGGGCAUCUGUAACCAUUUGACUCUUAGAGCGCCAUCUCGCGUCAGAGAAGAAGAUGUGAUGCUACUCAUCCCAUACGGAAUGCACUGGAAAGAGGUGACUGCUUCGGGCCUACUGGGAAUGGAUUUCUUCACCGGAGAAGUUAUAGAGGGAGAUGGAGAACCGAAUAUCUCUGCUUCCUGCAUACACAGACCAAUCCAUAAUGCACGUUAUCCAAUAGACGGGAUGACAGCAGUAUUGCACACUCACCAACCUUACACUACAACCAUCGCUUGCAUGAAGGACCCUGAACCGUUCAAGAUUGGCCUGAGUCAGAACAGCAUGCGUUUUCUGAACAAGAUCGCGUAUGACAUGCAGUACGACGGGUUUGCAAACGUUUCUGAUGAAGGCGAGAGGUUAGCCAAGGUAUUAGGAGACAAGGACCUUCUCUUAAUGGGACAGCAUGGAGUCUUAGCAGUAGCCAAGAGAGCAUGCGAUGCAUUUGAUAAUUUGUAUUAUCUCGAAAGAGCGGCCCAGAUACAGGUUCUUCUAAUGUCUUCUGGGGCCCAAGGAAUGACCGCAACUCCUGAAGUCAUAAAAUCCGUAGCUGACGAUGACUGCUACGAGCAUAAUGCAUCGGCAUUUUUUGAAAGCAUGAAGAGAAUUCUGGCCAACGAAAAACCAAAUUUAAUGGAUUAAGAAGAUGUGUUUCGUUUUCUCAUGAUGGGGAAUAACUGUGGAAGCGCAAUGAGAUGUUAUCCAUACAAAAACUAAAUUGUAUUUUUUCGAAAUAUAUACCCUAUAUCUUUAAUGUUUACAAAUAGCAAUAUACUAAAGAUUUAGAGUGGCUGCAGUUUUUUCUUCUCGUAAGUCAAAUAAAAUAUGCCUCUCCAGUCUCCAGUCAUGACCAGGUUUGAUUCCUGGAGUUGUGCUUUUUACCCCUAUUGAAGGGCAUUUAAAACGGCCUAUUUCAAGUGAUUAGGCGACCCAUUGUUGGGCUCGGAAAGAGAACAAAAUGUUUGUUCAUGUAAUAAAAAAGUAGAGACUUGCCCUUGAAGUAUUGAUCAUGGUUCGAAGGCCAUUUAUUUUGCCGGUUCAGAAACGAGACCAGCUUAUUUUGGCCUCCGAAUGAAAAUGAUGUACGCUCAAUGUUGAGGGCAAUGUUAUGAUUUAGAAAUUCAAGAUGGUAGCAUUAUAUUACGAGAUGAAGAACGAAAGUUAAGGUUUACAUUUAUAAUUUGUAAAUGAUUUUGGUUACGCAUGUAACUAAUAAUGGCUCUACAUCAAGUUAGAAUCAUGAUAAUGGAAAAAUAUAUGAAUGGACCUCGCUUAUAUCCAAAAGAUUAACAUAGUUGUAAUGUAUCUUCUACACGCUUUUCCGUUGCAGCUAUACUUGAUUAUAUUAUAUGAAGAAUGUGAUGGUCAUAAACAAAAUUGAAAGGACUCGCAACCAUUCCUUUGUAAGAAUUUAUUUUCAACGGACUGAAAUCUUAAUGGCAUUUUGGGGAAAAUGAAGGCUUGUUUUUGAUUGCUUCCCUUCAAUCACGGGAUUCUAUCAAAAGGCAUGAAUCCGAUUGAAAUUUAAUUAUAUUUCUACUCCCUAUCCACUAAAGUAUUAACUAGUACCAUCGCUUAUCCUUUCACAGAGUCAGAUAAACGUCCCUACAAAUAUAUUUUAUUGGUGCAAGCCAAGUUUUUCAAUUCUAUAUUUCAUAUACAGAUAUCAGUGUACCUAUUAUUUGGCUAAAAUUAUGUUUAAAAUUUAUCUUGAAGACUAAGCAUUAUAUAUCUUUUAUAUUUCUAUGACCGAUAAUGAAUUAUAUUUCAAAUGCAAUUGUUGAAAAAAAUAUUAUUUAUCUUUUUGGAAAAUGAUUUCAGAUGAUUUUCCCCUUAUUUGAAUCGAUUUCAAUAAUCUUUUCGUAAUUUUACUUUCAUUUCUCACAUAUAUAUAUAUAUAUAUACCUAUACUUGUGUAUCAUUAUGUAACACUGUUCUAAACGUAUGAACGAGAAAGCAAUUAUAGAGUGGGGACGGCUUAUCUAUAUGAACCUAUACUUCUCAUAUCCAAGAAGAAUAUUUGUCCUUCUCUUUUUGAGGGGGGGGGGGGGGUAAUUCGUGUAUUCCUUUUCUACACUUGCCUGAUAAAUUGUUUAGGGUGAUUAAAAAAUGUAGAACUGCUUCUCACUGUAAUAUACAUGAAGAACUGUAAAAUUAAACUUUUACCAGGGAAUUGACGUCAUUAUUCUGUAUAUUGUUGAAUCUUUUUUUUCUUCAUGAGUUUCAUAUGAUUUGUUAAGGCAUUAUAAAUGAGCAUAAUGCCGACUGUUUUGUGGUUUAGUCAUAAAGGCCGUCACCAGA